AUGCAAGACUUCAACAAGUCUGUGCCCAGGGAGCACAGGAAGGCUUUUGUCAUCAUGAUUAUUAUUGUGAUUAGCUUUCUUGGGGCCUCCAAGACCCUGCAGCUGGCCUCAGAGCACGUGCCCCCGGAGCUGUGGGAGCCCUUCUAUACUGACCAGUAUGCACAGGAGCAUGUGAAGCCUCCAGUAACGCGGCUGCUGCUCUCGGCCGAGCUCUACGGAGCCCACCUAGCUGUCAUCGAUGCCCUCAUGGCUGCCUUUGCCUUUGAAUGGACAAAGACGCUGCCAGGUCCCUUGGCCCUGACCAGCUUGGAGCACAAGCUCCUUUUCUGGGUGGACACGACUGUCCGGCGGCUGCAGGAAAAGACAGAGCAGGAAGCUGCCCAGCGAGCCUCUCCCGCCGCCCCCACAGAUGGGGCGGCCCCAGCACAGCCCUCGUGCCCCACCCGCUGGUACUGGAAGCUGGUUCCUCACGCAAUUGCCUUCUGUUUGAAGGAGUCGGGGAGCAAACCCCCCAUGAUCCGGUAUCGCAAGGACCGUGCCGUGGCUCGACGCGCCCCCUGCUUUCCCACCGUGACCAGCCUCCAGGACCUGGCCAGUGGGGCUGCGCUGGCCGCCACCAUCCACUGCUAUUGUCCCCAGCUGUUGCGACUUGAGGAGGUGUGCCUCAAGGACCCCAUGUCUGUGGCGGACAGCCUGUACAACCUCCAGCUGGUUCAGGACUUUUGUGCCUCCCGCCUUCCCCGUGGCUGCCCACUCUCCCUCGAGGACCUUCUGUAUGUCCCACCGCCCCUCAAGGUCAACCUAGUGGUGCUGCUGGCCGAGAUGUUCAUGUGCUUUGAGGUGCUCAAGCCCGACUUUGUGCAAGCCAAGGACUUGCCUGAUGGUCACGCCACCUCCCCCCGGGCCACCGAGGCUUCCCCCUCUCAGAACAACAGUGGCAGCAGUUCUCCCGUCUUCAACUUCCGCCACCCGCUCCUGUCACCUGGCGGUCCCCAGUCCCCACUCCGAGGGUCUACAGGCUCCCUGAAGUCCUCCCCGUCCAUGUCCCACAUGGAGGCCCUCGGCAAGGCCUGGAACCGCCAGCUCAGCCGUCCCCUCUCCCAGGCUGUGUCAUUCAGCACCCCCUUUGGCCUGGACAGCGACGUGGACGUUGUCAUGGGAGACCCUGUCCUCCUCCGCUCCGUCAGCUCCGACAGCCUGGGCCCCCCACGUCCUGUGCCUGCCCGGACUCCCGCCCAGCCGCCCCCGGAGACCGGCGACCUGCCCACCAUCGAGGAGGCCCUGCAGAUCAUCCACAGCGCUGAGCCACGGCUGCUGCCGGACGGAGCCGCCGACGGCAGCUUCUACCUCCACUCCCCCGAGGGACCCUCCAAGCCCCCCCUGGCAUCUCCCUACCUGCCCGAGGGGGCUUCCAAACCACCGUCCGAUGGGUCCUCCAAAGUGCCCGUCUACCUGCCGCACCCCGAGAGCCCCUCAAAACCAUCUCCCUGUCCGGCGGGGGAGGUAUUGAAACCGCCCGCCCCGUCUGAGGGGUCCCCGAAAGUGGUGGCUUUGUCCCCGGCAGCCGCCAACUCUGAGGUGAAAAUGACCAGCUUUGCUGAACGCAAGAAGCAGCUGGUGAAGGCAGAGGCUGAGGCCGGAGCGGGGUCCCCCACGUCCACGCCAACCCCGCCAGAGGCCCUGAGUUCAGAGAUGAGUGAGCUGGGAGCGCGCCUGGAGGAGAAGCGCCGGGCCAUCGAGGCCCAGAAGCGACGGAUUGAGGCCAUCUUUGCCAAGCACCGCCAGCGACUGGGCAAAAGCGCCUUCCUGCAGGUGCAGCCUCGGGAGGCCUCAGAGGAGGCAGAGGCUGGGCCGGGCCCAGCCCCUGGCGGAGAGCGGCCGGCGGGUGAGGGCCAGGGAGAGCCGACCUCCCGGCCCAAGUCGGUGACCUUCUCACCGGAGCUGGGCCCACUGCCUCCCGAGGGGCUGGGCGAGUAUAACCGGGCAGUCAGCAAGCUGAGUGCAGCACUGAGCUCAUUGCAGCGGGACAUGCAAAGGCUCACGGACCAGCAGCAGCGGCUCCUGGCCACCCCAGAGGCUCCCGCUCCUGCCCCGCCCCCCGCUGCGUGGGUCAUCCCCGGCCCCACGACGGGGUCCAAAGCUGCAUCCCCCAGCCCCGCCCGGCGUGCCCCAGCCCCCCGACGCAGCCCUGGGCCUGGCCCCAGCCCAUCACCCCGCAGCCCCAAACACACGCGGCCAGCUGAGCUGCGGCUGGCACCCCUGACCAGGGUGCUGACACCACCCCAUGAUGUUGACAGUCUCCCCCACCUGCGCAAGUUCUCACCGAGCCAGGUGCCUGUGCAGACACGCUCCUCCAUCCUCCUGGCAGAGGGGACGCCCCCCGAGGAGCCCACCCCUCGGCCCGGCCUCAUUGAGAUCCCGCUGGGCAGCCUGCAAGAGCCCCCCGCUGAGGAUGAGGGGGAUGGGAGCCCCCCUGGUGCUGAGGAUUCCUUGGAGGAAGAGGCAUCCUCGGAAGGGGAGCCCCGGGCUGGGCUGGGUUUCUUCUAUAAGGAUGAAGACAAGCCCGAGGAUGAGAUGGCCCAAAAGCGGGCCAGCCUACUAGAACGGCAGCAGCGGCGGGCAGAGGAGGCGCGGCGGCGGAAACAGUGGCAGGAAGCAGAAAAGGAGCAGCGGAGGGAGGAGGCCACGAGGCUGGCCCAGGAGGAGGCCCCCAGCCCGGCCCCUGCGGCCCCCAUGGUGAUCCCGGCCCCUGCUGCCCGGGCCCCGGCUGAGGAAGAGGUGGGCACCCGGCGGGGGGAAUUCACACGGCUCGAGUACGAACGCCGGGCCCAGCUCAAGCUCAUGGAUGACCUCGAUAAGGUGCUGCGGCCCCGGGCCGCGGGGUCCGGGGGGCAUCUGUGGAGACUGGGUGACUUUGGGUGGGGACUGACCCACACUCUAUCCCCAGGCUCUCGGCUGAGCAAGGUCUACUCCCAGUCCACCCUGUCUUUGUCCACUGUGGCCAACGAGGCCCCCAAUAACCUCGGUGUGAAGAGGCCGUCUCGGGCUCCAUCUCCGUCAGGUCUCAUGUCCCCAAGCCGCUUGCCCGGAAGCCGUGAACGAGACUGGGAGAAUGGCAGCAAUGCCUCCUCCCCAGCAUCGGUGCCUGAGUACACAGGCCCGCGGCUGUAUAAGGAGCCCAGCGCCAAAUCCAACAAGUUCAUCAUCCACAAUGCCCUGUCACACUGCUGCCUGGCAGGCAAGGUGAACGAACCGCAGAAGAACCGCAUUCUCGAGGAAAUUGAGAAGAGCAAGGCCAACCAUUUCCUGAUCCUCUUCCGUGACUCGAGCUGCCAGUUCCGGGCACUCUACACGCUGUCGGGGGAGACAGAGGAGCUAUCGCGGCUGGCAGGCUAUGGCCCCCGCACUGUCACGCCUGCCAUGGUGGAAGGCAUCUACAAGUACAAUUCGGACCGCAAGCGCUUCACCCAGAUCCCCGCCAAGACCAUGUCCAUGAGUGUCGAUGCCUUCACCAUCCAGGGCCAUCUCUGGCAGAGCAAGAAGCCCACCACGCCCAAAAAGGGUGGUGGCACCCCCAAAUAGCCCUGCCCUGGGCGGUCCAUGGGCCGCCAUCCCCCCAAAGGACAGUCGGUAUUCCUGGGUCCUGUUUGUCUCCAACCAUGUCUGGGUGGGGCUGGAGUCCCCACCCCGACUUUGAGUCCCGUCCUGCUGUGGGGGCUGAGCUGGGAGGUUCAGGGACUCAGGGCUCAGCUCAGUCCCCUUGUCUGUUCUCCCCACCUUCUUGAAUAAAAUAAUUUAAAGAGAAAUUGA